CUCCUGAAGUGCGAACGUAGUUUUGUGUAUGGAUUUACCGUGAUUCCAACCGCAUGAAACAGUUCUGUUUAUCCAAAUAAUGUUGGAAAUACCACACCGAGGUCUGAGUAGCGACAAGUUAUGUUCUGUACAUUUGUGCUGUGACGGCCAAUACUUGUAAACUGAUGACGGACAAAAUUGAAGUAUUUACAUGGAUGAGAGGACUUAUAAAGGAGGUGGCUCCUGAAAAGAAGGUGAUGACAGUCUACUAUAAACCUGUUCCCCAGGAUGAUGCCUCUCCCCCAGUCCUACCCAACUCUACCUCAAGCUGCCUCAGGUUUUCGCGCUUCAGAUUGGUUACGUUCUUAGUGGUGGCAGCGUUGGCAAUUGUGUUUGUGACACUAUCUUGCCUAAAUGGAGGCUGGGACACAAGGGGUAGUCUGUGCCUCACGCCCACGGACCCGGUACUGUUAUACAAUCAGAUCACUACCCACAGUCCCUUGGCGCGGCAGGUCCUCCCCCACUGUAUCAUCAUCGGGGUGAGGAAGGCCGGCACCAGGGCAGUUCUUCAGUACCUUCAGCUCCACCCUGACGUUGCUGUCGCCGGGUACGAAGUGCAUUUCUUUGAUGAUAAUGUCAAUUACAGUCAAGGGUUAAACUUCUAUCAGAGACAGAUGCCGUACUCUCUAAAACAUCAACUUACUAUUGAAAAGACACCGGCCUAUUUUCAUACCUUGAAAGUUCCGGAGAGAAUUGCCAAAAUGAACAGCUCCAUCAAGUUGAUAGUAGUGGUGAGAGAGCCGGUACAGAGGCUGAUAUCAAGUUAUGUACAACUUGCAGCGAAAAGAGACCAUUUCCCAACAUUUGAGGAAAAAGUGAUUGAUUCUGACACGGAUGAGGUGAAUGAAAACUUUAAACCGGUAAAACGCUCGCUGUAUUAUAUUUUCAUGAAUAGAUGGCUGAAGCACUUCCGACUCGACCAGAUUCACGUUGUGGAUGGGGACUUACUGAUUCGGAAACCGUUUCAGGAAAUGUUUCGUGUGGAAACAUUUCUUGGUUUGGAGCAUAAAAUAUCAAAAGACACAUUUACCUUCAAUCGAACUAAAGGCUUCUUUUGUCUUAAACUUGACGAUGAACUAGGGAAGAGGACCAAGUGUCUGUCGAAGAGCAAGGGACGAAGGCAUCCGGAAGUCGACCCAAAUGUCCUCCGUCAACUGCGCGACUAUUACAGAUCUGCCAAUGACUUGUUCUUUCAGCAAGUUCAUCGGCGAUUCCGAUGGUCGUAGCAGAGUCACGCUACCAAUAUAGAUUUAUACCCAAUAUUAUUUAUUCCUUAUGAUGUUAUUGGUACUGUAGUUUUAAGUGACAAUUUUCAGUUCUCAGUCACGGUGAACGCCCCCUUAUUAUUAUUGUAUUAUUACCAUGCAACUUGUAUUAUUUUUCUCAGACCCGAAAUCAAUAUAUUUUUUUCUGCCAAGUGUUGUUUGUCGAAUUAUAAAUUUAGGUAAAGCCAAAUUUAUAUUCCCUUUUAAUAUGAAGUAUAUAUUUGUGUAAGUUUAAGGGUUUUAUGUCAGGACAGGGUUGUUUAUCCUUCCUCCUUUGUUUUAAAAGGAAAGGCGAUAUUUAUUUUGAAUUAGUCUACAUAUUGACUCAUUCACCCCUGUGGACACAUUUAAA